AUGGAAUUAAGACCAAUAUUUUCACGAGCUAUUUGGUCUCUUUUUCUGGUCAUAUGGGCCUAUGUUCGCGUAGAGAGACCUUUCGGACGACACAUUAUACAAUGGAUAAGCCAUCUUGCAUGGUAUGCACUUACCCAACAUGCCAUUUAUGCCAGCUUCAUAUUGCUGCCAACACCCCGGACGUUCUACCCAGCAACUGCUCGGGAUCUCUAUUUGCAUUCCAACCCGAGCAUAUUGAAACAUAGACGCAUGUCAGAUCCUGGGUUUCACUCUCUGCAAGACUGCAACACGUUCGGGAAUAUGUCUCGAAAUGUUUCUGAAAGCUCUCCAGGUUCCUCAAAAAGCCAUGUUCACCUUCCUCCAAUUUGUGUUGUUGAUCCACAAAAAUUACCGACAUCCAUGUACAUCCAAACGAAUUACAUGGGGAGUGGAGUGUCUAAACCCUCCUUAGUCGAGGCCAAAGGGACCUGUGAGCGCCCAGACCCAGACUGUGCUGAGUGCGACCUGUUGCGUGCGGAAUGCACACGACUGAAAAGGCUACUUUAUGGUGAUAUAGAGGACAAUAUUUCCCAAAGGAACCGACUACCUGUGGAUUCAAAAUCGCCAACUGGAUACGCGCAAUCGAUGAACUGUUACAAACCCAAAAUGAUUGAAAUGGACGAUGAACUAGAGCAUAUUGCUGAAGAAGCAAACCAUGCAGGAAAUUCAAAAAGUGAUGGUAGCCAACCAUUGGUCCAUAAAAAUUCAGCAUCGUCCGAGAAGGGGCCUGGUUUAGAUGGAGAUUUGAUCCCAAAUGGGGGAAAACAUAUGGACAGCUUACGGGAUGGUGUCUUGCCCAAAGAAACCCGAAAACCCAGUCUUACAAUAAGGAGAGGUCAAAGACGUACGAUGAAAGAUGCAACUGAUGAAGAGAAAGAGAAAGCACAUGAUGUUAUUCGAGAAACAAAGCUCACGACCCAAGAGGAUGCCAUGAGAGUAGCCGAGUUGGCCCAGCUGGACGCCCAGAGGGAGAAGGAAAAAAUACGGAUCGAAUACCGCUCAAACUUCUUCAGCAAGCGUUAUAUAUCAGUAAUUCGAGCAACAAGUCCCAAUUGUCCAAACAAGACUCCACAAUGUGAGUUUGUUAUACCAGACAAUACUACAUUCUGCGCACGCGCAUUGCCUUCUGACGACGGUAUUGGCGCGUCUUUUUGGACUGAGACAAAUUUCGAUGAGGCUUUCGACAUCUCCGAUUCUAACGAAAGUGUCUACGAAAAGAUAAGUCCAAUGGUACUCGAGCUUAGCAAACCCACAGGUCGCAAUGCAGUUUUUGCAGUAGAUGGUUUUAGUGGCUCUGGAAAAUCCCAUACAAUGGCUAACAUUCUUGGAAAUCUUGGCCAAAAUCUAUUUGACAUUCCAGGAUCAGAUGUAGAAGUUGCCAUGGAAGCGUUUCAGUCACUAGGAAGUGAUGUCAAUUCCUUUGAUCUAUCUAUCAAAGGCAUAAGUAUCGAUGGGCUGCAGAAGGUUAACAGUAGCCCAGUACGCUUAUAUCCAGCCCGUAUGUUCAAAGAAGAACGUCCGCGAUAUCUUGUCAAGACAGCUUCUGCGUUCCGAGCUGUAGUAAGUUUAGUAGAGGACUUCCGUGAACAAACCCCGACAAAGAAUAACGCCACAUCUUCUCGCACACAUCUUGUCCUACUUUUCUACGCGACAGCACGGCAGAAGACAUCCACCCUAUGUCUCAUCGACCUCGCUGGUAAUGAGCGAAAUGAUGCAUUGGAGGACAUUUCCAUUCAACCAAGGAAUACAGGGCGGACGAGUGCGAUCAACGAAAGCCGUAUGCAGAUUUAUCUCGCGUUGGAAGCCGCUAUAGCGGGAAUAAAAAGAGUAACACGCGAUACUUCCGUGAAUCGGAACGCUCAUUCAAGAGUUCUUAAUCAACCGAAAUGCCAUCCUCGUUAUGGUUUUUCACGUGAGCGUUUAUACUUCGCUUCAUGGAGCCGUUCUUCCAACACUCUCAGAUGCUUCCCGUUUAAAGAAAGCAAGAGCUAA